CGAUUUUGAUUUGGUCUGUCAAACAGUCACACAGAACGUGAUUUCAUAGAAAACUGCUCAGCUAGUGAAUUUGCAAAAAGCAAACGCUCGAAGAAAUUUCAACGUUUUAUUAAACAAAUAUUUAGUGUUUAAACCAUUUAGUAAAUUGUUUAGUAAAUAAAUCAACAAAACAAAAAAUGGCAAAGUGGGGUGAAGGUGAUCCACGUUGGAUUGUUGAAGAACGCCCUGACGCAACGAAUGUCAACAAUUGGCAUUGGACGGAAAAAAAUGCUACACCUUGGUCCAAGGACCGUUUAACACAAUUGUUUAAAGGACUUAAAAUUGACAAGGAUGGCAUCGAAUGUACUGUAGAUAAUGUUGACGAUUGUACUGGGGAAGCAACAGUCAAUAAUCGUAAAGGGAAACUUAUAUUUUUCUAUGAAUGGAAAUUGGUGCUUAAAUGGACUGGAAAAUUAUUGAAUAAUAGCAAAUUAGAACAUAAAGGCAAAAUCACUAUACCGAAUUUGUCGGAAGAAAACGAUUUGGAUGACAUAGAGAUCACCAUUACCAUUGACGAGUCCAACGAUGAAUCAGAAAACCUCAAACAGUUCAUGUACAACAUUGGACGAGAUGUUGUACGAAAACAGGUGGCGUUGUAUAUCAAGGAAUUGAAAGAGGAAUAUUCGAAAAAUCUUAUACUUCCCAAGAAGGGUGAAGAAAACACGGCAGUUGCGCCAAAGGUAAAACAAGCUGGUUCCAGUAUCGCCGCGGAAGCUAAUUUAUUAAAUAGUGCAAAUAAUGUUAAAGCCAGUGAUAAAUCAGGGAAUAAUGUUGGUUGUAAGUUAGACGUAAGGACAUUAAAAAUGGCUGUUGAGUUCAAUUGUAGUGCGAACGAUUUAUAUAACGCCUUGACAAGAGAGGAUAUGUUAACCGCUUUCACCCGUGCGCCAGUUAAAGUGAGCGCUACACGCGGCGGAGAAUUCGUUUUGUAUGGCGGCAAUGUGCUCGGUAAGUUCGAAGAACUGGUGCCAGAGAAGAAGAUUAAACAAACUUGGCGACUGAAAAACUGGCCUUCAGGACAUUACUCACAGGUUGUGAUAGACUUGGAUGAAACGAAAAGCAACACCCAAUUGAAGCUAACACAAACUGGCAUUCCUGCGUCCGAAUAUGAUGCUAUGCCCACAAACUGGCACCGUUACUACUGGGAAAGCAUGAAGCAAACGUUCGGUUUUGGCUUAUCUAUAUCGGGUUUGUGGUAAAACUAGUUAGUUGUGUUAGGCGUUGGGUAGUUAAAGAAAAAAAUAUCGUUCAUAUAAACAAAAACCUCAUUGUCCAUAGACGUAUAUGUAUAUAUAUAUGAAUAUGUAUGUAUAUUGAAUGAACAACAACAACAAACAAACACACUUCGAAGAGCUGCAGCACCUUAUAGGUUAUUUAAUUAUGUACCGUUUAGAAAAUAUUUAUAAACGCUUGAGUAACAGCCAAGCCUCGCGUGUGCUUGGUUAUGACUUCAACUAGUUAAAGAUGGUCGUCUCUUUUCUUACGCAAAUUACAAAAAAAAAAAAAAAACAAUGAGGAAAAUUGCUACAUUUCGAUACAUAUGCUGAUCUUUGGAUAAAAAAAAGUUAGAACAAAGUAAUGAAAUCAAUGUAUAUUUUAAUUUGAGCACAUGUAUUGAAUAUUUCGAUCCUUUUUAUUUUAUUUAACAUUUUUAGAAAUUAUAUUGCCGAUGUAAUGUCUUGAAAACAAAAAGUCGCAAAUAAACGAAAAAUCUGGCCGCAGUUUGAAGGCAACUAA